AUGUCCAACUACGACAAAGUGGUCAGGUCGGCCACCAAGCCAAAGGCUGGCGGCAUCAAGCCAAAAUAUAUCGACCCAAUCCUGGCCACCACCUUCGCCACCGAUGGCAGCCUGCAGAGCGUCUGUACCGCCCUCUCCCAGAGGCUGCGGGACAACAGCAACGUUACCGUGUUCAAAUGUCUUAUCAUCAUCCAUACCAUGGCGCGCAACGGCGAGGUGGACAAUGUCCUCAGCCACCUUGCUUCCGAAAGCGCCAAUCUGCGGCUUCGCAACAUCACAGGAGGCUAUGAAUCUGGCGCGAGUCUGACGCCUUACGCGCAGUACCUGGAUGAGCGGAUCCGGGCGUACCGCGAGCUCAAGCACGAUGUUAUCCGGUCCAGCGAUCGAUCGAGGGCUCAGGGGGGUGGCGGCAGCAACAGCAACCGGCUGCGGCGGCUCAGCGUGGAAAAGGGCCUGCUCAGGGAGGUCUCGGUGACGCAAAAGGUGGCAAACGCCCUGCUCCAGUGUCCCUUCUUCCACGACGACCUCAACGAUGAUCUCACCAUGUCGGCGUUCCGCAUGUCGCUCAAGGACCUGCUGGCGCUCUACACUGCCAUCAACGAGGGCGUCAUCAACAUCCUCGAACACUACUUUGAGAUGGCCAGGUCGGAUGCCGAACGCGCCCUCGAGCUCUACAAGCGCUUCUGCCGUCAGACGGAGAAGGUGGUCGCCUACCUCAACUCGGCAAAAAAGGCCGCCUACAGCCUCAAUGUCGCCAUCCCCACCCUCCGACACGCUCCAGUCUCGUUGGCUGGGGCGCUACAGGAGUACCUCAACGACCCCAACUUCGAGCAGAAUCGGCAGGAGUACAAGGAGAACAAGAAGGUGGCUGAUGGCACCGCAUCAAAGCCUGCCACGUCGACCACCUCGGCAUCGGUCCCCAAGAGCGAGUCCAAGAAGAGCAUCACCAUCAAGGAACCCGAGAAGCCCGAACGUCCGGUCAAACCGCCCACCAACAACCAGGCGUUGCAGGACUUUUUCGAGUCAAUCGACAGCGGCCAGGGCAACGCCUUUUCCAAUAUCCCCGUCGAGCAGAGCUUCUUCGGCGUGAUGCCACAGCAGACUGGCAUGGGCUUCGGCCCUGGCAUGGGCACGGGCGCUGGUUUGCAGCCGCAGAUGACGGGUUACAACCCGUUCAUGCAGCAGCAGGCUGGCGGCGUAAUGGCGCCGCAGAUGACUGGGAUGACCCAGAUGGGUACCGGCAUGGGGAUGGGCUCGGGCAUGCCGCAGCAGCAGAGCGGAUUCCUGCAGGCGCAGCCGACUGGCUUCUUGCAAGCGCAACCCACCGGCUUCAAUCCGUUCCGACAGUCGCUGAUGCCUCAAGCGACGGGCAUGGGGGAUCCUUUUGGCGCCAUGGGGGCCAAUCAGGGCGGCAUGUUCGGCCAGCAGGGCCAGGGACAGGCGCAAUCUCCGUUCCAGGCGCAAGCGCAGCCGCCUCAAACGCCACAGCCACAGCAGCAGAUCCAGUCGCAGGCGACCGGAGCCUUCUCGAACAAUGCCUUCGGCAGCGGCCCAGUGUCGGGUCAACAGACCAACGGUAGCUCCUCCAACGCGUUAUCCGCCUUCAACUCGGCGUUCGGCAGCGUGCCGUCGAGCGGUUCGGCUUCAAACCUGCAGCGACCGAGCUCUGCAGCACCAGCCGGCCGGGUGACAUCGCCAAAGCCCCUGAUGCCGCAAAAGACUGGAUCGCGCAACCCUUUUGCGCCGCCUCCAGGCCAGACUCCUCCUGCAUCGCCACCGCCGGCCACAAAGUCCGGACCGUCGCUCAAUGAGCUGGCCAUGAACGCGUUUGCCACGUCCGCGCCCAACGGAGGACACUAUGGCCUCGGCGCCAAUGCUUGGGACGGAGCGAGCGGCGCCGGAGGAAGCGCGCAAAACGCCACUUCGCAGCAGAACCAGCAGCCCGACGCCCAGACUUCCGGCCUCAAGCCUCAGCCGACUGGCAUGAUCGGCAGCAUCGCUUCCGAGUUUGCGUUUGGCAACCGACAGCAGAAUGCCGCCUCGCCCGCCCCCGCCACCCCCUCGACCAGGGCCGGGACCAGCGUCAACGCAGGCUCCCUGACGUCGGGCUUUGACGCCAUGUCCUUCGGAGGCAGCAGCAACCUCGGCACUUUGAGCACGACGACGACUGGCACGGCGCCGCUGCAACCACAGCCCACAGGAUUCGGGGGGAGCACGGUCAAGCCGUUCAAGCCCGAGUCGAGCUUUGGCGCCAGCCUGGCUGCCAAUCCGGCGUUUUCCACGCCGUCGGCCGGCCCGCUUGCGCCGCAGGCCACAGGCAAUCCGUUCGCGCGUGUCGCGUCGCCUCAGCCACCCUCAUCUCAGACCCCAGGUCAGGGCGGCGUGUCGAGUCAGGCAACAGGUUUUGGCAGCGCCUUCAACCCAUUGACCACCGGUAGCAACGGCGUGCAGCCGCAGGCGACCGGCUUCGGGUCGUCGCUCUUCGGUACAUCCGGGAUGGGCGCAGGUACGGGAGCCUCGAGCGCGUUUGGGCCGCCGUCGACUCCGUCGAAUGGUGUCCAGCCCCAACCGACCGGGUUUGGAGGCAUCAAGCCCUUCCAGCCGACGAGCGCGUUUGGACAGAGCACGUUUGGACAGCCGCAGCAACAGCCACCACAGCAGCAGCAGCAGCAGCAGCAGCAGCAGCAGCAGGCUCAGGAGACAAAUCUACUGCAAUUCUAA